UGACUGUCAGCUUAAGGCGCCCACCCUUUCUAUUGAUUAGAAUCCAUAUUGUUGCUCAAUGAACUCCGCUUCUAUGCUGCCGUCAGUUUAGGUCGCACCACUUCCCAACGUGUCGGUAUUCACCUCCUUUCCCCUUGCAACAACUUCCUCGCCUUAACUUCCCGUCCCAUCUCGAACUCUUCAGGCCAAGACCAAACCACCUCACCUGCUCUCUCGCUCGCUCCUACUGCGAUCGCGGCAACUAUACACCGCCAUGUCCACCACCUCCCGCAACCGUCGCCCCAGAGAAUCGAGCCAGAUCGAAUGUGCUUUCCGGAUCACGUGUACCGAGCGCGAUUCGACAUUACAGAGGAAGAGACCCAACCAUAACCGAAGCUCUGCUGCGACACCCCGCUUUGACCAGCCCUACCCCUUCGCUCCCAUCGGUCGAUUGAAUGGGAAGAGCGCCCGCGAAGCUCUUGGUCUCCAAUACAGCAUCCUACCAGAGAAUGCCUGGCUAGGCAUGACGCAAUACAACAGCUUUGUCCUGAAGGGUUCCAAAUUUUUACGGGAGAGUUUUAUCUAUGUUGCAAACGGCCAGAAGGCACAACGACAGGGAACCGAGGUAAAGGAGGAGGCACAUAACGGCUCAACAAAAGGACGCAGAACGUCGAAGUCUGGAGAAAACUGGGUGGCCUUCAUACUGGAAAUUCGCGCCAGCGACGAGUACCAUGUCUUCGCACGCGUUUACUGGAUGUAUUGGCCAGAGGAGCUCCCAGAAGGUACCAUGGAUGGAGAAAGAUAUCCUGCGGGCCGCCAGUCAUACCAUGGUCGGAACGAGCUCAUUGCCUCAAAUCACAUGGAUAUCAUCAAUGUCGCCAGGGUGACGUCGCCUGCUGAUGUUAAGCAGUGGAAUGAAGAGAACGACGAAGAAAUCCAGGAAGCUCUAUACUGGCGCCAGGCCCUUGAUUAUCGGACCAAACAGCUGUCGUCGGUUGUGUGGCUUCGCCCAGCGGCAUGGGAUCUUCAUGGAUCCCGCGAGCAACAUCUCACUGCCAAGGAGCAUGUCCCCGACAUCGAACAGGGUGGCUAUGGCCGCUGUCUGAAAACCCAGCAAGCCGUAGACGAACAUAAGAGUGUUCUGAACUCUUGGGCGGACUUGUCGUCGACCCCACCUCGCGGGUCCAUGUACGACAGUGGUGACAGCCCUGUUGAUUUACACUUCACUGAACAAACCAUGCAAGUUCCAUUCUCUGUUGCACCCUCAGGCAUCCUGGAGUCAAUGACAUCUGAGGCCGGGAUUGAGGUUGGCAAAGCGAAGGAAAAUGAUAUGGAUGAGACUGCCAUCCAUAUGUCACAUCUUAGCUUUGAUGCUGCCGCCCAGCAACAAGACGAGAUCCUAUCCAGCCCUCUUCUCACCGUUUCUCUGCUUGAUGCUUCGCCCCCUUCUCAAUUUGGUCUCUUCGGUGGCAGCCUGUCGGAGAGUUGUACACUCUCGCAAGCGUCACGUCUAUUUUAUAAUGUCACAUGCCCCUCUAGCGUGCUUAUAUGUGGCAGUCAGGGUUCAGGCAAAAGCAAUACGCUCGCGUGUCUUUUGGAGAACUGUAUCAUACCAAGCAAGCUCGGAAAGUUACCACAGCCUCUCGCUGGCAUAAUCUUUCACUUUGACAGCUUUGUGUCGGAUGCUGGCGGUCUUCCAUGCGAGACAGCGUUCCUGGCUUCUCAUAAUCAAGCUUCAGUCCGAAUCUUGUGCUCUCCGACCAACGUUCGCACCAUUCAGAGCAUAUAUAACAGCAUUCCCCAAGUCAAAAUUGAGCCUCUGAGGCUGAGCGACCAGGACCUCAACACCCGAAGAAUGCUUGACCUCAUGGCAGUCAAGGAAGGUGGCGUGCCACUUUACCUCCACGUGGUGAACCGUAUUCUUCGGGAAAUGCGCUUAGAACAGCAGGAAAAAGGACAGAGGUUCAACUACUCCUCUUUCAAAGAGAAGCUGGAACAGGCGGAUCUUACUCUGGCGCAACGGGGCCCCUUGAGCCAGCGCCUCGAUACGCUGGAAAGCUUUAUGGUCAAUAGCAAAACAAAACACGGAAAGAUUGACUGGGAGCCGAAGCCUGGACAACUCACUAUCGUCGACCUCUCAUGUCCUUGCGUCACAGCAGAGACAGCAUGCUUGCUCUUCAACAUCUGCCUCUCGCUGUUUUUAGAGCAAAAGUCGUGUAUUGGCAGGGUUGUUGCUCUCGACGAAGUGCAUAAGUAUAUGCAAGAAUCGGACGAGAGCAACGCCCUGACCAAUUCGUUGUUGAAUACGAUCCGCCUGCAACGACAUCUCGGCGUUCGCGUGCUCAUCUCCACUCAGGAGCCUACCGUGUCGACCAAGCUCCUUGACCUGUGUUCGAUGACAGUAGUUCAUCGGUUCACUUCGCCGAAUUGGUUACAGACCCUGCGCGGUCACAUCGCUGGGAUCUCAUCUGUUUCAGUCACUGCACCAGCACAGCAAGAACUCACGGAGGAUGUUAGCCCCGUUGUGGUUGGGGGACAAGAUUCGGCCGGCGAGCUUUUUGCUAAAAUUGUAUCUCUGCAAACGGGGCAAGCUCUUGUUUUCGCGCCCGGUGCGGUCAUUGGACUGAGAAGAAAGAAGCCAGAAGCGGUGGCCACCGUUCAGCGUCUGGCCCAUAGACCCCUCUUGGUCAAGAUCCGGUCCCGGCUGACCCAGGACGGUGGAAAGACAGUGAUGAACUAGAAGAGGAACAAAGAUCUUAUCAUCUUAUCAUGAGGUCAGUGAUGGACGUAUCACAGUGGAAGGAGUCUCGACGCUAUUGGGGAGAGAAAUUGGAAAUACAUUGAUGUAUGGUUUAUAAGGAUCAAACGACGCGUCUGCCAACCUUCUACCAUGCCAUCCCACCUCAGCUGGAUUCAAGAUGCUCGAACAUGGGUGCCUUGAGCUUGCUCUGCCUUUUUGGAACUUGGCCUGUAGCCUGGUUCGUUUCCCUUGAGUAAAGGGUUCACCAU